AUGGAAGCAUCAUCACUACAGGAUCGCCUGCGCGAUCAUGCAGCAGCCUUUAAUGGCCUUUUGAGUCUCAUUUCAGCAAAGGACUACUAUGGGGAAGAUACGACUGAUCAAUGGAAGAAGAAGAAGCAAACAAAAAAGGAAGCCGCCGCUGCUCGAAGAGCCAAGCUAGACCCUGACAGCGAACUAAACCGCAACGCCAAGGAGGUCAUGGACGAGCGAGCCAAAAACAAAAGGAAACUGAGAGAGAUGGAGGAGGAAGCCGAAGACGAGGAUGAUGAUGAGGAUGAAGAGGACGACAACUCCUUCCAAGCCAUCGAUGGCGUCGAGAUUGAGAAGCCUGGCGAAGGUCUGAAAAAGAAGUCCGAAGAGAGCAACAAAAAGCAGAAAUUGGCCGAGGAUGGAGAUGAAGAUAAAACAAACGGUACCGUAGAGGCUGGAGAAGCAGCUACCAAGAUGUCAAAGAAGGAUGCCAAGCGCGAAGCAAAACGAGAAAAGAAAGCAGAGAAGAAAGCCGAGAAAAAAACCAAGAAGCCAGAAAGCACCGACAAGACUAACCAGAAUGCCAACGGUGUGGCCAAAUCCGCGCAUCGCAGCCACGAGGAACGUUCACAUAGUAUAGUGAGCCAUUCCAAGGAAGUCGAUGCCGAGGUUGCUUCACGAUCCGAGUCCGAACCCCAUUCGCCAACCUUCGAUGUCGACGAUGAUGCUACAGGCUCGCUAAACGACCCAUCAGCCGAGCAAGCCAGUAGCACAACUUCCAUCUCAUCUACCAUCCCUCCAUCAGAAAAGCCCAAGCAUAUCAAGCUGCCUGCGGACACUACUGCCCUGCGAGCCCGACUUGCGGCUAAGAUUGAAGCGCUUAGGGCUGCUCGAAAAGCAGACGGCCCAGAUGGCAAACCCAUCCGAACCCGACAGGAGCUCAUUGAAUCCAGACGAGCCAAGCAAGCGCAGCGGAAAGAGCGCAAACUGGAACUCCGAAAGGCAGCCAAGCUGGAAGAAGCUAGAAAACGAGAAGAAGCCCUGGCUUCUAACUCACCCGGUGUCAUGAGCCCCGCUGUUGAGCUUGAUGAAGGCACUGGCGGCUUCUCCUUUGGCCGGGUCGCCUUCGGGGAUGGCGCACAAAUGUCUCACGAUCUUAGCUAUAUGUUGAGCCAAGACAAGAAGAAAGGACCUUCUGAUGCCAAGACUGCGCUGCUGAAGGUCCAAAAUCAGAAGAAGAGGCUGCAAGGGUUGGAUGCGGAAAAGCGCGCCGACAUUGCAGACAAGGAGGCAUGGUUAACAGCUAGGCGGAGAGUUGAGGGCGAAAAGAUUCGCGACGACGAAGCGAUCCUGAAGAAGACCGUGAAACGGAAAGAGGCAGCCAAGAAAAAGAGCGAAAAGGCUUGGACAGAGCGCACCAAGGGCGUCCAACAGGCGCAAAAGGAGAGACAAAAGAAACGAGAAGACAACAUCAAGCAACGCAGAGAAGAAAAGCUUCUCGGAAAAGCUGGCAAAAAGAAGGGCGGCGCCAAGAAGAAGAAGGGCGGACGACCUGGAUUUGAAGGCAGCUUUGGGGUUGGCGGUCGCCGAAAGUAG